UCCGUUGCAACGGAUCCUAGACGAUUCAAGAUGCAUCGGUUCGGCAUUUUACUGAUCAACUUUCUGGCAGUAACUUUGAGCGUCGCGGAGCCACUGGAGCUCGUAUACCAAUGGACCCAAAUCGGUUCGGACUCAGAAAACUCGGUUGACAAUAUCUUCAGGCAUGAGCAGCAAAACUUUGGCAAUGAAACAUUUUCUCCUUACGGUAAUCUUCCGAUGGGCGCAACCCAUUAUGAGGGACGGCUGUACGUAACGUUUCCUCGGCGACGUCCAGGAAUACCUGCGACCCUAGCAGUUAUCGAUACAAAAUCGGUGCGAAGUGUUAGCAAUCCACAGCUUGCGGCCUAUCCUGAUCGGCUGACCAAUACCCUUCACCUGGACUACUCGGCUGAUCCAAAGCGCAUCAUCUCCGUGUACCGUACCAAGGUUGACAGAUGUGGUCGGCUCUGGUUCGUCGACACCGGAUACCUGGAGUAUCCGGGGCAUCGUCGUCAGGUGCAGCGUCCUGCUCUAUGGGUUAUCAAUCUUAAAACCAAUCGUCGAGUGCGACGUUUCGACAUUCCGGAAGAAAUCGUGCAGUUCGGCUACGGUAUUCCCAAUAUAGCGGUUGACGUAGAAGCCGACAAAUGUGAUGAAGCGUAUGCUUACAUUCCGGACUACCAGUGGCGGGAAUUGUACGUGUACGGUUUAGCCGAGAACCAAAUGUGGAAAUUCAAUCAUAAUUUCUUCUCAUUCGAGCCUCGCUUUGGACGAUUCCACAUUGCAGGGCUGCCGUUCGUGUGGAACGAUGGCAUUUUCUCGCUUGCCGUAGGGUCAGCUGAUAAGCACACUGGUGAUCGACCUGUUUAUCUGCACGCCAUGGCUUCGGUGAGCGAAAUUGUUGUACCGAAUAGCGUGUUAAAGAACCGAACGCUGGCCAUCUCGGGCGAGGAUUAUAAUGAACGCUUCACCCAUCUGGGACCACGGGGUCCAAACGCACAGUCGUCGAGCCAUGCGUACGAUGAAAAAACGGAGGUGCUAUUCUAUGCGGAGGUUCAACGCAAUGCGAUCGGCUGCUGGAACACUCGCCAUCCCUUCCACGCCGAAAAUCAUGGGAUCGUUCAUUUGGACAACAUGAACAUGAUCUAUCCGGCAGAUCUUACGAUCGAUGAAGACGGCACCGUUUGGGUCAUUUCAAAUCGACUGCCCAUAUGGAUUUAUUCAAAGCUGGACGAGAACGACUUCAACUUCCGGGUCUGGAAACAGUCGGCUGAGAAGCUCAUCGAAGGAACGAUUUGUGCGUGAGAGUGAGUCACUGUUUUCAGUUCCUUGGGAAAGAAAAAUGAGCUAAAAAUUUUAUUGUUUCUGCAUAAAAGUGAAUAAAACUAAAU